UUUGAAAGCAAAAGCAAAGUCAACCAAAAGCCCCGACCACAAGCGCUGCUGCUGGGGAGUGGGAGCACGAACCCUCGCUCGUCUCCACUGCGCAUCUGCUGGUUGGGCUUUACCCACCUGCAUCAGCUCCAUCCGGCUCCCGGGGGUGGUGGUGAGCGGCGCUGGGCCAUGCUGACGGGGAUGGGAGGAUGGAGAGGGACCCUAAACUGCCUCGCAUCUGCGCCUUCCUCACGCUCUGGCUGCAGAGGAAGCACCGAGCCAAGCCCUGCAGCCUGCAGCUGCCUGCCCCCAGCCAGCUCUCCAGCCCGGGCGAAGGUGUUGUGAAAGAAAUCAACAUCACCCACCAUGUGAAGGAAGGCUCUGAGAAAGCAGAUCCGUCACAGUUUGAGCUCCUGAAGGUGCUGGGACAGGGCUCUUUCGGCAAGGUUUUCUUGGUGAGGAAAAUCACACCGCCAGACAACAACCACCUCUAUGCCAUGAAAGUGCUCAAGAAGGCGACACUGAAAGUGCGCGAUCGACUAAGGACAAAGAUAGAACGGGACAUCCUGGCUGAUGUAAACCAUCCCUUUGUGGUGAAACUCCACUAUGCAUUCCAGACAGAGGGGAAGCUGUACCUCAUCUUGGAUUUCCUCAGAGGAGGUGACCUUUUCACUCGGCUUUCCAAAGAGGUCAUGUUCACCGAGGAGGACGUCAAGUUCUACCUCGCGGAGCUGGCGCUGGGGCUCGACCACUUGCACAGCCUGGGAAUCAUCUACAGGGAUCUCAAACCGGAGAACAUCCUCUUGGAUGAAGAAGGGCACAUCAAACUCACAGAUUUUGGCUUGAGUAAGGAGGCUAUAGACCACGAGAAGAAAGCCUAUUCCUUCUGUGGGACAGUGGAAUAUAUGGCACCAGAAGUUGUGAAUCGCCAGGGCCACUCGCACAGUGCUGACUGGUGGUCGUACGGGGUGUUAAUGUUUGAAAUGCUCACGGGCUCGCUGCCCUUCCAGGGGAAGGAUCGUAAGGAGACGAUGACCCUCAUCCUCAAAGCAAAGCUGGGCAUGCCACAGUUCCUGAGCGCUGAAGCACAGAGCCUCCUGCGAGCCCUGUUCAAAAGGAACCCAGCCAACAGAUUAGGUUCUGGACCAGAUGGAGCAGAAGAGAUCAAGCGCCAUUCUUUCUACUCCACCAUUGACUGGAAUAAGCUGUACCGCAGAGAAAUCAAACCCCCCUUCAAGCCUGCAGUGGGGCAGCCAGAUGACACCUUCUAUUUUGACACAGAAUAUACAUCACGUACACCAAAAGAUUCCCCAGGUGUCCCCCCGAGUGCAGGAGCCCAUCAGCUCUUCCGAGGCUUCAGUUUCGUGGCAACUGGGUUGAUGGAGGAUGUCAAGGUGAAACCAGCCCCGUCACCUCUGCACUCGGUUGUACAGCAACUGCAUGGCAAGAACGUCCAGUUCAGUGAUGGCUACGUGGUGAAGGAAGUGAUCGGCGUCGGCUCCUACUCGGUGUGCAAACGCUGCAUUCAUAAAGCAACCAACAUGGAAUAUGCAGUCAAGGUUAUUGACAAGAGCAAGCGAGACCCUUCUGAGGAAAUAGAAAUCCUCCUGCGAUAUGGGCAGCAUCCAAACAUCAUCACCUUGAAAGAUGUGUACGACGAUGGGAAGUGCGUGUUCCUGGUGACUGAGCUGAUGAGAGGAGGGGAGCUGCUGGAUAAAAUCCUCAGACAGAAGUUUUUCUCAGAGAGGGAAGCCAGCUCCGUCCUGCACACCCUGUGUAAAACAGUGGAGUACCUGCAUUCCCAAGGGGUGGUUCACAGGGACUUGAAACCCAGCAAUAUUCUCUACGUGGAUGAGUCAGGAAACCCCGAAAGCAUCCGCAUUUGUGACUUUGGCUUUGCCAAGCAGCUGAGGGCUGAGAAUGGCCUCCUCAUGACUCCUUGUUAUACAGCAAACUUCGUGGCACCAGAGGUACUAAAACGCCAGGGCUACGAUGAGGGCUGUGACAUCUGGAGCCUGGGAGUGCUCCUCUAUACGAUGCUCGCAGGCUGCACUCCAUUUGUAAAUGAUCCCAGUGACACUCCUGAAGAGAUCCUGAGCCGGAUAGGCAGCGGGGAGUUCUAUACCAGUGGAGGCAACUGGGACACUAUUUCUGACAUGGCCAAGGAUCUGGUAUCAAAGAUGCUUCAUGUAGAUCCUCACCAGCGUCUAACAGCCAAGCAGGUCCUGCAGCACCCGUGGAUAACGCAGAAGGACAGCUUGCCCCAGAGCCAGCUGAAUCACCAGGACCUUCAGCUUGUAAAGGGGGCGAUGGCUGCCACGUACUCUGCACUGAACAGCUCCAAGCCGAGCCCCCAGCUGAAGCCCAUCGAAUCCUCCAUUCUGGCACAGAGGCGGGUGAAGAAACUUCCUUCCACCACACUGUGAGGCUGGGGGGACUGCAGCCAGGCUGUGUGCACCCACCCAAGACUAGGGGCAGGAGGUCGGGUGGCCAAUGCCUACACUGGAGCUCCCUUGAGGACUUGUUCUCCAAAGGCCAAGUGCCUUCCUGUUUCUGAGACUGGGCUCCUCCUUGUGUGGACUGAGAGAACUUCACUGUAAAACUUUUUUGAAGUGUAAAUUGUCAAUUUUUAAAGACAUCCAUCUGUGUAUAUGGGAACUAGAAUGUAUAACUGAUGUCAAGUGGCACUAAAAAGCAGCUCUGAUUCACCCCUCCCUGUGUUGGGCCAGGUAUUUGUUUGUAGCUACAUCAUUUCUUGGAACUGAUCCUUUCCAACACCGUUGUGGCUGGAAGACUGCAUCAAGUUUGGGGUUUAGGCUUUGGGCUUUUUCCUCCCUUGAACCUUUGGAUGCUCUUCCCAAAGUCAACCCUGCAGAUUCCUUGCCAGCAGCACUCAUGUUUGUAAGGGACUUCCCUCCCCUUCCCUUGUGUGUGUUUAAGGUUGAUUUUUCAGACUCCAUUUCUUGUGCUCCCCCUGCCCAGAACCUACUGGGUUUGUUUCAUUCCUCCCCUCUGCCCUCCCAUCUUCAUGUUCUCCCCAUAACUCCCCAGGGAGCUUGUCAUCCAUGCAGAUGGGGAUGAUAGAGGAACCUUCUCCUGAGCAAAGCCGAGGCUUUGGGCUGCUCUGGCCACUGCUUUUGCCAUCUUUGGGUUUCUUUUCCUUCAGCAGGAACCUCUGAAACAAAGCACCCUUUUUUACUUUAACUUGGUUCUACAGCUCAGGGUUUCUUUCUGAAUCCUACAAUAAACAUGUCAUUCAGUUGA